UAUAAAGUAACUACGUUACUUUAUAUUUUGUCAGUAACGUUCCUAACUUAACAUCAGAAUAUGAGUUUCCAGAAGGUCCGUGCCUUCUUUUCUCAAAAAGUCGUGUUACCUCAUAACGUGCAACCAGCUGUAUUGAUAGUAAAAAAUGGUAAAAUAGAAAAAAUUAUAGAAAACGUUGACAAGCAUGUGAUGGAAUCUAUAUUACAAAAUUAUCCUGAUAUUGCAAUAGAGAAUUUUGGUUCACUAGUUCUUAUGCCUGGAGUUGUAGAUUCGCAUGUACAUGUGAAUGAACCAGGGAGAACGGAAUGGGAAGGAUUCGUUACGGCUACGAAAGCAGCAGCUGCUGGAGGAGUUACAACAAUUGCAGAUAUGCCCUUGAAUUCUAUACCACCAACUACUACAGUGAAUAAUCUCAGAAUAAAAGCAGCCAAAGCUCGUGGAAAGAUAUAUGUGGAUCUAGCAUUCUGGGGUGGAGUGAUUCCAGGAAAUCAGAAAGAUAUGCAGUCACUGGUGCAAGCUGGUGUAGUGGGAUUCAAAUGCUUCCUCUGUCCAAGUGGGGUGGAUGAGUUUCCCCAUGUGAAUGAAAAAGACGUUCAAGAAGCCUUAGCUGAAUUGAAGUCCACUAAAUCCGUACUCGCGUUUCAUGCUGAAUAUGAAUCUGAGUGUACAACCCCAACAGGAGACCCAUCGUGCUUCAGGACUUUUGUACAAUCUCGUCCUCACGAGAUGGAAGUAAGCGCCAUUAAAAUGAUCUGCCAGUGGUGCAAAGCAUCUAAUGUGAGAUGUCAUAUUGUACAUUUAUCGACUGCUGAAGCUUUGGAUUUGAUAAAAGAGGCAAAACAAUGUGGAGCACCAUUAACGGCGGAAACGUGCCACCACUAUCUGCUAUUCUCUUCAGAAGAAGUGCCAAAGGGAGCCACUGAAUUCAAAUGUUGUCCUCCAAUUCGAGAUAAAAUGAAUCAAGAUAAAUUAUGGAGAGGCCUACAAGAUAGAGUGCUAGAUAUGGUCGUUUCGGAUCAUUCUCCUUGUGUGGAAGAAUUGAAAACGAAGGGAAACUUUCUCACCGCUUGGGGCGGCAUUUCAUCGCUGCAAUUUGGUUUGUCGUUGUUGUGGACCGCUGCGAAGUCAAAAAAUGUGAAACUAACACAAAUAUCGUCGUGGUUGAGUUCUGGGCCUGCUAGAUUAUGUGGACUAGAUAAUCGUAAAGGUUCCUUGUCUGUGGGCAUGGAUGCGGACGUCGUAGUUUGGGACCCGGAGAAAAAGUUCAAGGUUACGAGAGAGCAGAUUUUAUUUAAGAAUAAGCUAACACCAUAUGAAAACAAAGUACUUUAUGGGAAAGUUGAGGCAACAAUACUUGGCGGUGAAUACAUUUACAGAGAUAAUCAAUUGUGCGAGAAACCUAUUGCUAAGAAAGCGAUAUCAGUAUUGUUCGUUUACAAACCUUAAAUGGACAAUGGUAAAAGUGAAACGAGUUUAUUUCAAUCACGGUGC